AUAUUUUCAGCUCAUCAUUUUUGGAUUUUGACUGAUUAUCUGUCACAAUCAUCAUGACUUGUGAACAGAAAUCGCGUCCUGUUCAGACCUGUCAGAUGCUGCCAGACGUGGUGUCCAAUGAACAGCAAUCACUAGUGCUUGUGAAGAAACUUCUAGCCAUUGCCAUCUCCAGCAUCACUUACCUCAGGGGUCUUUUCACAGAAAAGGCCUAUGGACGCAAAUACGUUGGAGAACUGAAAGUCUAUAUUCUGCGAGAAGAUAGCUGUCCUGGUGCUCAACAGAUUGUCCACUGGUUGCAGGGAUGUUUCGAUGCACUUCAAAGAAGAUAUCUGCGCAUGGUUCUUCUGUCAAUUUACUGUGAUCCAGACAAUCCACAGAAAGUGACUGAAUGUUACCAGUUUAAAAUCAAGUACACAGAGAAAGGACCUCAGAUGGACUUUGAGAGCAAAAAUGGACAGAGCCUGACUAAAAUGGCCUGCGACAAUACCCAGAAAUCCAGUAUGCUGCUCGUGCGCAAACUUUACAUGCUGAUGCAAAAUCUCGGCCCGCUGCCUGACGACGUCUGCCUUAACAUGAAACUCUUGUACUAUGAUGAGGUGACCCCUCAGGAGUAUCAGCCACCUGGCUUUAAGGAGGAUGACAACGGGACGCUGAUGUUUGAGAGAGAACCAGUAAACCUGACUAUGGGGGAGGUGGUGACACCUUUUCACAGCAUCAAAAUGAACGUCACCACUGAGAAAAAGAGAAUUGAACCUUUUGAAGAUGAUGUGGAAGUAUGUGUGAGUACAAAAUGGUCUUUGAAAAUAUCUGAGGAUGGGAUGAUGUCUGAGACUUCAGUUCAGCAGGAGUGUAUGACAAAGGAGAAUGUCAUCACUGAUGCUGGCAUUGAAUACUCAGAAACUCAGGAAACUCAGGAGCAGCCUCACAGACACACCAAGGAGGAACUUUUAACAAAUCCAAAGAUGGACAGUCUGGUUAAGAAAACUGCUGAUCUUAAGGUGGAUGCCAGGAAAACCAGGAGUGGACGGAUCUUUGAGCCUCAGAUCUCUCAGCUAGAGUUCCCACUAAGCCAAGAUCCCCAACCAUCUGUCCCGAAGAGGCGCAAAGUCAGUGUACCCAAGUAACAUUGUGACUAGUGCACUUAAAUUUCUUCUAGCACACUUACACUGCAACUUAGUGGCAUGUGCUGUUUAAUAUGUUUUGACUGGAUUCAGUUGCAAAAAUGCAUUGUUAAACAGGUUUUAUGUUUCAAAUGCAUACAAAGACAUUAACAAUAACAAAUUAAUUGUUUACUUUGCAGUUAGUUAUUUAUUUUAGAGUUCUAUCGGAUGAGUCUGAAUUGUCAUAACUUGAUAAAUGUUUGUAGCACUGCCAAAUUCUAGUCCCUGCAGGUACCAUGUAGAGAUUUAAUACGUCCACUAGAUGGCAGCUUGCACACU